AUGAACACUGAGUGGCGUGUCGAAGAAGAGAACAGCGACAAGGAAGAUACGGAUUCUGACAUGGGAGCUGCGAGUUCUGACGAAGGCAAAGAUUUCAGUAGCAUUAUCUUUGAGGAGCGCAUGAAGCAUAUCAAAGACGAUUUUGAGGUCUUCGCCCAGCGUUUGCGGGACGAGCACGAGCGUCUUCAAGAAAGUAGCUUAAACCUCAUCUUCCUCUCCGUAGCAUGGACGACAAUCGCCGCAUCAUAUUCACCGCUGCAGCUCGAGCUCAUCGCGCCCAUGGUCCUCCGGUUAUCACUGUAUAUAAUCCCCAGCCUCAUUUUCCUGCUCUUCGACAUAGGGAUACCCAGUCUAGCGAUUGAAUUCAAGAGCCAGGGUCAAUGGGGUAUCCCCAGUAACCAAAAGGGCGGCGCGAGAGGCGUGAGAAGAGUGGUGGCGUGGAGUUGUGCCAACGUAUUACUUACCGUUGCGUUGCAAGCGGGCGUUGAGUUUCUUGUGACGGACGUGCUGCAGAUGAGAAGUUUGCUGCUUAUCAAAGGGAGUAGAUGGGGGUUGAACCAUUUACCUAACCCGUGGACCAUGGUCAAACAGGGGGUUAUCGGUCUUGUUUCUCGGAAUAUCCUUCAAUACUAUAUCCACACACACCUCCUACACGCCCCAUCAGGUGGUGCGCUUGCCUCUUUGCAUCAGACUUGGCAUCACAACAUCCGUAUCCCCUACUCUUUCGCUGCAAACUACGAUCAUCCUGUGUGUCAUCUUUUGCAUCGCUUUGUACCUCUGUAUAUUCCCGCUAUCGCAAUGCGUAUGCAUAUUCUCACCUACCUGGUUCUGAUCGCCAUCUUUAGCCUUGAGGAAACAUUCGUGUACUCUGGCUACAACGUUCUUCCAUCAACCAUCAUGCUGAAUGGCAUGGCACGUCGUGCCGAUGCGCAUAUGAUGAGUGAAGGAGAGGGUAACUAUGGGUGCUUGGGUGUGUUAUACUGGUGCCACGGAACAACAUUGGGCAAAGACGUUGUAGAGGAUCUAAAGGCGGAGAUGGAGAAGCAUAAUGUGGAGGGCAAGGCAAGCAAAACUAUUGAUGGAGCGGGAGAGGCGGCGAAUGGAUUGGCAAGCAAGUUUGGGAGAGGAAGGAAGGGGCGGGGAAAGAAGUAG